AUGAAACCCGCCGGAGUAUUCACAGGCGUGUUCCUUUUGGUAGCGAUUUACUGUGCUGUUGACCCGUACAAGCACAGUGCAAUAUCGGAAUUCCCGGAGUUUGAGGCGUUUACGGUUGAAAUGCCGGCCUGGUCUGAAAUCCCAGUUGAAAGAGACCCUGAAAAUUUGCUACAGAAAGCUGAAAUUAAGUUCUUGAACCAGGUACAAGGCCCUGAGAGCAUGGCGUUCGAUCCGACCGGCCGUGGCCCGUACACCGGGGUUGCUGAUGGGAGGAUUAUGUUUUGGGAUGGUGUGAAAUGGAUUGAUUUUGCUUACACUUCGGCCAAUCGGUCAGGCCUAUGUGACCCAAAACCGUCACCCAUGGGCUAUUUGAAGAACGAGCAUAUCUGUGGCAGGCCAUUGGGUCUAAGAUUCGACAAAAGAACUGGUGAUUUGUAUAUUGCAGAUGCAUAUUUGGGGUUGAUGAAGGUUGGCCCUGAAGGCGGUUUGGCAACGGUCCUAGCAACUAAGGCCGAAGGAAUUCCUUUUGGAUUUACAAAUGACUUGGACAUUGAUAAUGAAGGGAACGUCUAUUUUACAGAUAGCAGCACCAAAUUCAAAAGAAGAAACUUUAUGCAGUUAGUUUUCUCUGGAGAAGAUAGUGGGAGAGUGCUUAAGUACAAUCCAAAGACAGAAGAAACUACUGUUCUUGUUCGGAAUCUCCAGUUUCCAAAUGGUGUCUCCCUAAGUAAAGACGGAUCGUUUAUUGUGUUCUGUGAGAGUUCAAUUGGCAGGUUGCGAAAAUACUGGUUGAAAGGUGAAAAGGUUGGGACCUCUGAAAUAAUGGCCGUGUUGCCUGGAUUUCCCGAUAACGUCAGAACAAAUGAAAAUGGUGAAUUUUGGGUUGCUAUCCACUGUCGUCGAUCUCUAUACGCUUAUUUAUCCGCUCUAUACCCGAAAGCCCGGAAAUUCUUGCUAAAGCUUCCGAUAACUGCAAAGAUCCAUUAUCUCAUGCAAAUUGGAGGGCGCCCUCAUGCCGUGGUUGUGAAGUAUAGUCCAGAAGGUAAGCUUUUAAAGAUUUUGGAGGACAGACAAGGGAAAGUUGUUAAAGCGGUAAGUGAAGUGGAGGAGAAGAAUGGGAAGCUUUGGAUUGGGAGUGUUUUGAUGCCAUUUAUUGCAGUUUAUGAAUUAGACCAAGUGUUUUAG